AUGAAGAGAGGGCUUGCUUGUUGCACCCGGGACAGAGAGAUUAGCAUCGACUUUGAUGAGCAAGAGAGGAUAAUGACAUACAAUGGACUUGAAAAUUGCAUUCUCAAUGGCCAAUCUCUCGAAAAUGAAAGCACAACAAGCAGAGGAGAUGGGUUUGCAACUGACUCACUGGAUGAUGAUGCUUCAACCUGUUCUUCAGGGAAAGAUGCUUUUGGAUCAUUCUCUUCAAAAUGGUUGACAGUGAACAGAGAUGAACAAAGACUGGAUGAAUGGGAGCCCUUAGACAGCCCCAACCAUUUCUAUGUCAAACAAAAACCAUCUUAUGUUCUUCAGAAUUCAGACGUGGAGGAAAUGAAAGAAAAAUUUUCAAAGCUGUUAUUAGGUGAAGAUGUCACAGGAGGAUACAAGGGCCUCAGCACAGCAGUAGCACUGUCAAAUGCCAUCACAAAUCUAGCAGCAACGGUUUUUGGAGAGCUGUGGAAACUGGAACCACUACCUGAAGAGAGAAAAAGCAAAUGGCGAAGAGAAAUGGACUGGUUUCUCUCCCCUACGAACUAUAUGGUUGAGCUGGUUCCUGCUAAGCAAAAUGGUGCAAAUGGUCGGAUGUUAGAGAUUAUGACCCCAAAAGCCCGUGCAGACAUACACAUGAAUCUUCCAGCUCUUCAGAAGUUGGACUCCAUGCUUAUUGAGACACUUGAGUCAAUGGUCAAUACGAGUUUUGGUAUGCAGAAGGUGGUAGCCGGGCAGAAGGAAGGAACAAAGUUUCACGUCAGAGCAAGAGAUGGUGGCUUCCAGUACCCCAAGUACAAGCUACUGGGCUGUCUGAUACAGCAAAACAGAAAUUGCUUAAUCAGGGUAGGGUGGUUCAUCAAGUAUUCAAGGCUGCCAGAUCCAUCAAUGAAAGUGUUCUGCUUGAAAUGCCUGUGCCAACUGUUGUCAGGGAUGCACUCCGAAGUUCAACUCAUACAUAUGAAGGCAUUGAGUCAACAUAUUGCUAAGCUUUGGUGCAGAUCUGGAAAAGCAAGCCUUGGUGAGGAACUAUACAAGGUCUUAACUGCAGAAACAAACUCAGCUGAGGAAAUGGUCAAUUCACUUAACCUAAAAUCUGAACACAAUGCCCUUGAGGUCAUUAACAGGCUGGAAGCUGCUGUAUUUUCUUGGAAAGAAAGAAUUACAGAACAAGUUAGUGGUAGAUCUCCUGUUCGAACAUCUUGGUCCUUCAUUAAGGACCCGUUGUCUGAGAUUGAUAAGACGGAGUCACUAUUGGACCGAGCAGAAGUACUUUUACAACAGCUGAAAACCAGAUAUCCCAACCUUCCCCAAACUUUUCUUGAUGUUACAAAAAUCCAAUAUGGCAAGGAUGUUGGGCAUUCAAUUAUGGAAGCAUAUUCUCGAGUACUUGGAAACUUGGCUUUCAGCAUACUGUCUAGAGUAGGAGAUGUUUUGCAAGAAGAUGCUUUGAACAAUCCCAAUUCAUUUACAGCAUCAAGUUACUUUCCAUGGAUUAAUAUCAGCCAUAACUCUUCAUUGGCUGGCCAAAACAUUAGAUACUCAUUCAUUCAUGGGAACAAGGGGGAUCGCCGACAUUCUGAUUCGACUUUGAGUACUAUCGACUUAGAAUUUUCGUACAGUGUGGCUAAAGACAGCCCUGUGACGGCAACACCAAGUCGAGCACGGGUAUGGUGCAUUGGUAGAGAGGCUUGUGUGAGUGUUUCCCCUACAAACUCCCCUUGA